AUUAUUUCAGUUCCACCUGAGCUCACCACGUAUCCUAUAAAUCAGACAAAGAUAGAGGGAGAAAACGUGACUUUCACUUGUGAUGCGACAGGAAAUCCUGAACCUAUUUUCCUGUGGACCAAAGACGGAGCUCCUGUCAGUCUGACUACUCUAAAGAUUAUUUUUUCAUCCGAUUUUAAGCGGUUGUUCAUAACGAAUGUGAACAGAACAGACAGUGGAGAAUACGUUUGUAGAGCUACUAACUAUAUUGGAGGAUAUCAGUCCAAUUCUGCUUCCCUUAACGUAUAUUGUAAGAAUAUUUUAUGUUUUUCAUGUUUUUGUUGUUUUUUUUUGUUAUGGAAAGCAGGUUAGAAACUCGAUACAUUGGAAACUCAGUUUUCUUCACUUUCUUUACAUAGAAAAUAUUGAAUGAAGAACUGCAAUACCUUUCCUUGUACAUGUUUAGAUUGCAAACACUGUAAACGCACCCUUAAAAUUUUCGUCAUUGGUUUGCUCUGUUACAAAAUUUUCAUUCUUUAAUUUAAAGAACGGUAGGAAUGAAGGAAGUGUAACGUACAUCACAAUAAAAUAUACCCACAGUAAUCAACAAAAUUUGUGAAAAGAGAGAUACAGAGUUCGUGAGGAAUAACUGUCAUAAUCUGUAAACCAAAUAACGUCCAUCGUGAUUGUUGUUCUCCAAAAAAAGGCAAGAACGUUGGAAUACAAGGGGAAAGCUUUAAACCGGUCGAUGGAUCUUAGUUUUUUUUUUUCUCGAACAAUUAAAUUACUUAGCUGCAUCGUUUGUAAAAACGAUGUUUUACUAUAACAACUCAUGAGAAAUUUAAUUCAUAUUUUCCAAUUAAUUUUGAUAUUCAAUCAAAGAACUUUCAGAAGUGGCGCUUACAUAAGGACCUUUCAUGCAACUUAUGUACCUUGGCGAGACUCGUUCUCCAAAAUUCAGAGUAACGUUUAAUUGAAUACUUAAAUAGCCUAGUCUCUUAAUUUGUCCUUUUGAUGUGGGAAAAACAAGGAAAGAAACAAGAUUUUCAAGUUAUAUUUAUAAAAUCUGCCCUAAAGGGUAUUUAUGUAUUUACAGAUCGUCCUGAAUUCAUCCAACAUCCAAAAAAUCAGACACUGACAGAAGGGGACAACGCGACCUUUACCUGUGAUACGUCUGGAAAUCCUUCACCCACAUUGUCAUGGACAAAAGACGGAUCUGUUGUUAAUUUGACGUCAAGAAUCAGUUUAUCAUUAGAUAACACCCUCUUGGUUAUAACGAAUGUGAGCAGAGGAGACAGUGGCCAAUACAUAUGUGUGUCUGCCAACGUUGUUGGCACAGUUCAGUCCAGCAGGGCAACACUAAAUGUGCAAUGUAAGAAUACUCUUAUGAUUAUUCAGCUUUACCUAGUAGAGUUACUGUUCAACGAGUUCUUGAAAUGUCUGACGUUAUUUGUAUCUGUUCGGUCAUCCUAGGGGAAUUUGAGUCUUUUCGAAAUUACAAGAGCAUGAAUAUAGAAAAGAAAAGAGUGACGUCACGUUACCAUGGUAGCACUAUUUCUGGAUGAAAACGAAACCAACGACGACUGGGACGACACAGAGAACGGCAAAAAAUAAUAGGUUUUUAAUAACAAAACAACAACUUUGCACGUGCAUCACGCUCUUUUCCACAUUUCUUUUCCAUCGUUGCACCACUACGACAUGAAAAUUGCUCAUUUUCUGCACUCGCUUUAUGGAGUCAGUAAACACAAGACAGAAAUUGUCUUUUUGUUUUUCUAAACCUAGAUAUGGUCCUUUCGGGUUAAACUCCAGAAAAGUUCGCCAAAAUUUGACAAAUUAAAUAAAAUUGAAUAAGAUCGAUGAAGUUUGAUGCAGUGCCAAUUUACCUUUUAAGUGAUGUUUCCGGUUUGUUGUCAUCCAAAAUUUAUGCUACAAUAGCAACGUGACGUAAGGACUUCUCCUCGUGAUUGUAUUUCCAAAAAUAAUAGAUGCAAUUUGACGUAUGACGAAAGUGAGACAUUUUCGUUCACCAUUGUAUGUUCGAAUCUGAAAAUUUUAGGUUAAUUUGCUUUCGCUUCUUUUUUUCGGAAGUGAAAUGUGAAAAUUAAACUCCAGGACCCCCGGUUCCUAGAAAGAUGGUUAAGUUUAAUCCAGCAUUAAGCCAAAUUUCACCAAGCACGGUUUUCUCGUCUAAGAACAUGCAACUCGAGACGACAAAAUACUGUCGAGCCUUUAAUACGGGAAAACACACAAUGUUACCCUAAGCAAUGCAUAGGAAUGUGAAAUACAAAAAAGCAAGCAAAAUUUUAGUUCUGGAUUGACGCUAACCGGCCUUUCAGGAACCGGGCCCUGAUCAGUUAACAAAAAUUGGUGCGGGAAUUCAUCAGAUAAGCUUCGAAAAUUGUCCAUGAAUGGAACGGUGAUCUAGACAUUUUUAGCCGUCCUCAAGUGCAGAAAAUUCUAUUGAUAUGCAAAAUUUGCUUCUCCGAACAGAUUUUUACAGAAAACAGUCAUUGGGUGCCAUUGCCGACUGUACACCCCUUCCACUAUCAGUAUGGGAAGCUUUACAUUUUUUUGUUAGUUAAAGAUUAUUUAAUAUGCCUUUUAAUUGACCUUCAUCGCGGAUUACAUAUAUUAAAAUGCAUAUGGCCAGAGAUCUAAACAUUCAACGAUGUUAUCAGUCACAGGCUGUAGCUGCUAACAGCAAAAUUGUUCUUACUAUACUUUCAGUUUUGUGGCAGCCAGUAAGCUAAUUCCCUUAAAAGGUGUCGCUUCAUAUAGCGCAUUACAGGAUCAUGACUUAAUGCUUUCUGGAGAGCCACACCGUUUGCGUUAACCAAUUCUGAUGUUUCUAAUUUGCCACAGUUCGCCUAAAAAUUGCAACUUAGCUUUUAACUGCUUGAUACACUGUAUUUAACUUGCCCUAAAUUGUGGCCUCGAGUUGCAAUGAAAGUUCAAGUUCUUUGGCUGUACUUGAUUACCUGGACAUACGUCACGACGACACAAGGAGGUAACAAGUCGAGUUUACUUUAAUAUUGUUUACGGUAGUAUUGCUAAGUGCGCAUACGUAAGGUUUCAACUUGAUUUAUUAGGACUGAGGGCUUAGUUAAUAUUAAAAAGGUGCUAGGUUUGAAUCGAUAAAAACAAACCAGGUAAACGUAUACUCAUCUUAAAAUAGAUCUGGAUUUUUAUCGAAUGUUCGAAAAUGCGGUCUACAUUAUUUACACUAUGAUUUGCUCCCCUCUUCAUAUAUAUUCCGCAUACUUCGGUUAGCCUACGCUAGCCUUCUCGAGGAAAAGAACUCGCUUUUUACUUGACAGCAGUCUCCUCGAAAAGGCAAAGGAUCUUUUUUUUUUUUUUUAUCUCCUUGAACCUAUAUUUCAGCUUCAUUCAGCAGCUCAGCAGGGUGAUGAAGGCCGAAUGCAGCCGAAUAUGAGUUUCACCAAGCUCAUUCUCUCUUGGUUUCACCGAGUUGAAACAAAAUAAUAACUUUCCAUAUCAAAGUCCUGACAGCCUCAAUUCUUGUGAAUUUCGGUAACUUCCAGAGGAUGGUGUGAAAAGCUAAUAAUAAUAAUAAUAAUAAUGGUUUUCUUAGCAAAUUUAAACAAAUAUUGGCUCGUCUAUGCUACAGCUGUAAGUUAGAAGGUAGGAAGUACAUAGCAAAGCACAUACUCUAUAAAAAUAGCGUACUUUUAUUGAGCGUUAGGUCGCGCCUUUGUUGUACGUUAUAUGUCGAUCCUCAGGUCUUUUGUGGCAGUCUGUUGCUCGUUUUACAAAUAUUGUUCUUUGGUGUGACUUUUUGCAUUGCUCUUUUGGUUGCUUUUCAAGAAAACAGAGAAAAUUAAUCAUGAAGGAGCCCCGCCUUUGCAUGUCCAAUCUUCCCCACAGGCCUAUUGCAACUUGAAGCCAAUCUAGCGAUCCCAAAAACUCUAUUUGGGCACCACCAUGAUUAAACAGAGGUCUAAACGGUUUUUUUCAGACUUCAUUCUACUAUGACUCGGACAAAUAAAGAUCCCCGACGAGCUGUUCAGCAUACAAAAGUUCAUUCCAUGAUAUUUACCUAUAUUUCUACUGAUACGGUGUCUGUUCAAGCAUGCAGUAACUGUUGCAGAAACUUGUAUUAAUAUCUGCCUUGCCACUAAUUCAAAAUGUUCCAGCCGAUACAGCUGUGAAUUCCGAGAGUCUAUAGGAGACAGUGUAGCCGAGCGGUUAGAGUUCUGGAAUUGUAAUCCAGAGGCCCCGAGUUUAAUCCACUCCCUAACCGCUUGCAGUAUUUGUCCUUGUUUGUCCUGAGUUCAAAUCCUAAUACAGUCACACUUGUAAAUAGCCAACUAGUUUGCUCCCAGAAAUGUGGGAUUCUUAACCUCCCUUGCCACAAUCUGAAUAGAUGGUUUACCGCUAAUGGUAUUACUCCUGUAAAGCCAGCUUCUAAGCUUUUAAUGUCGUUUUCUAAAACUCAAUCUUUUUUAUUCUUUUACGCAUUUAGUUUUAUUUUGCUUUAUGUAGCGGUCCCACGCCCACCAGAGAAUGUGACAGUUAUCACUAAGAGCUCACGAGUUGUGAAUAUGUCCUGGACACCUGGCUUCAGUGGCAACAGUGAUAUUCUUAACUACACUGUAGAGAUCAGUACAGAUAAUCAAACAUUUGCAGAGGCUAGAUGUCAAGGAUUGUCAAGUAGUGGUUGUGUGGUAUCAAGCACCUUCAGAAGCGCUUCUCUUGUAGACCUACAUCCUGGAAGGACAUAUUACAUACGGAUGUUUGCUACUAACAAAGUUGGUGUCAGUGCUGUAAGCUCGGUAAUCACCACAACCACGGAUGAAGAAGGUAAAAAAAUCGUUAAGUAACAUUGCUCAGCUGCUUCUAAGGUCCAGGCAAAAUUCAAAAUUAGUCACGUUGCGUGUUAUGGCCACUUUUCAGCACUUAUACAAUUCUUUAAAAGGUCUUGGAUUGUAGUACAUGUACAUAUAUGUCCGAGUAGAAAAAUGUAAAGAGUGUAAUGUAAAAAGGGAUAAUACCACUGAUCAUGACUGGUUACGUUACUCCAGUAAUUGCAAGAGAGAAUGAGAAUUGAUAACUAUUUUUGACAAAUUUUGUUCCGUCUGGAACAGUGUAAACUGGUACAUAUGUCCGACCCGACCAAGUAGCACCAUUUUAGUGGGACAAAACCGGAAAAGAAUCAACAUAUUAUAUAUCCUUGACUUUUAGACAUCUUUAAGCGAUGAGAGUAUCUUCAACUCCAAAAUGGUCGUGUCAACUUGUAGUAUUUGAUCUGCCCAGUCAUAAUGUCCUCUAUCAAUUUCCUACUGCAGGUGGGUAUUACGUCCAACGGGAGACUUAAUUUUAGUGGGACAUAUUUUUGUCGGAGGACUACUUGCUAUUUUCGGCUCUCAUAUUGUUUUCUUUUAAUAGACUCUUCCGUAGACGAAUAACUCUAUGCUUGAUAAUGACCACCCAUGAUCCGACAAAAAAGGCUCAUUUGAGCUUUAACCUUCACUUACGGGAGCUUAAACUGUACUCACGUAAAAACCGAACGUAGAAAGUUAUUUUUACUUUUGAUUUUAAUCAGGAACGCAUUAUCCAGAGCUAGAAACUCCCAUACUAGCCCUAUUUCACGGCGUUUUCACGGACCCGUUUAUUUUUAGACCGUUUUGGGGCACUUUUUCCCGCGAAAAUGGGAUCUCCGCCUCGUCUAUGAACGCAUCGGAAGUAUAAGACAUCAAAAAACGUAACAUCAUUAAAAGGCAAAAGUUAUCAUUUUUAGGCCUGUAGGUUUUGCUGACUGGUUUGUGGGACUUUGAUAUUCUAAAUUCUCGCCAAAACCUUUCUAAAAAUAAACUUGUCGGUGAAAACGCCGUGACACGAGUACAUGGAAGUUGCUCACUACAGGUUAUGGGCUCCUGUUUCAAUGUAUGUGAAAUGGUUUUUGUAAGACUAUAAUGUUAUUGCAGUACCAAAUGCUCCCCCAACUAACGUCAAAGGAAACAAUGUAACCUCUACAAGCAUUUUGGUACAGUGGGAUGAAGUUCCAGCAGACAAUCAAAAUGGUAUUGUAGUGACUUACACAGUCACCUACGCAGAGUUACCUGCUGGUGAUUCAGGAAAGGAGAUAGUGAUUGCUCCAAGAACAAAUCAGUGGUACAUUGACAGGAUUGAAAAAAUUUACCAACUACAGCAUCACAGUGUUUGCAUCUACUGCCAAGGGGGGGUUGUUGAUAGAAAGAGUGAGCCUAUUAUUGUCAUUACAGAUGAAGACCGUAAGAACAGUCAGUUCUGGUAUUACCCAGUCGGUUGUUACGUACUCAUUUGGAAUCUGUAGGGUCUAAAAUGUAAAUCCACACUUUAAAAAGUCUUUUUAUUCCUUACGAAAUGGGAAAAAAUUAUUCUGAAACAGAAAACAUGGUUCUCUCUAACUUUGAAAUUGUUUCUUAGAGCCUGAUGGUGCACCACAGAAUGUGAGAGGACAUAACACCAGUUCAACCAGCAUAUCAGUAUCGUGGGAAGCAGUGCAAGCUGAUCUUCAGAAUGGUAUCAUUACUGGUUACAAUAUAACGUACCAGUCACUGACAGAGAAUGACAAUGGAUUUGUACUAACUGGUCCUGAUGAUCGUCAGGCUAACCUAACAGGGCUGAAGGAGUUUGUUGACUACAAUAUUUCAGUGGUUGCAUUUACAGUUAAGGGAGAUGGACCGCCCUUUUUUCUUGUUGUUAGAACAGAUCAAGAUAGUAAGUAAACCUAUGUUUUCCUGAUGUGUCUGCCGGCAUAUGUAUUCGAACGGCGGCACGGAUAAGUUUCAGCACUGACAUUUUGCCUUAGGACGUUUUUAUGCAACCGUCGUUAAAAUUUACCGCUUAAUCAUUCACCUGGUUAAACAUAGAAAUGGAUAGCGAAUAGUUUUUAUAAUUUUUAUAAUUUUUGAACAACAUAUCAACCCAGCGUAUAUGGUUCACCUUAUACACCUGGUAAAUGCUGACUACAGCUUGUCGGAAUGGUAAGUUGUAAAACUUACUUUCUUUGCACCAUGACAGCCACUUUUUUUGAUAUGAAAAUAUAUUCUAAUUUGGCCCAACAACAAGCAGAUUAGCGUUCCAUUCUAACGUUACUUUCCCGGCAUCGAACAUUUCGAAUUUAACUUCUAUCUUCAUAGCCUUAGAGUUGUCUAAUCAAUAUUUAUACAUGGUAAUGGUUUUAUUUGUUCUUUCUUUAUUUAUUUAUCAACACCAACCUUUUAUACGUAAAAUUACAUUAUAACAUUUACUUCUUUAGUUUAAGAUAAAUUUACAGAGAUACCAUUGAAUUACGAUACAAGAAACCUUAACCUUGAACUACGAUACAGUUUGAUUUAAACAACAGUUACAUAAAAUACGUGCUAUAAAAGGAGCAAAAUAUAAAUAGUAAGUUGCAAAUGCACUUAUCUUUUUUUUAUCCUUAGGACCCCAUGCUCCCCCUCAAAAUAUACGAGCAAACAGCACAACUUCCACUAGUAUCUUUGUAAAAUGGAAUGAUGUUCCUUCUGAGGACCAAAAUGGCAUUAUCAGGAACUAUACUGUCAGAUAUCGGGCAGUCGGUGCGCUGGGACCCUUUGAUACUACGAAGGUUUUUACAAAAGAGGCGAAUCUAACAGGCCUGAUAAAGGAUGAGUCUUACAACGUCAGUGUUUUAGCGACUACAGACAAGGGAAAUGGACCUUACAGCGUCCCGAUAAUACUUACUACAACUGAAAACAGUGAGUAUUUCUAAACGUUUAUUAGGAAUAGCAAAAUAAAUACCGUCGCGGCUUUGUUUUUUGCGAGCAUGAUCCCUUCGACAACGGGAAGUAUUUGAAAACCAAUUGCGUCAUCCACUGGCAUGGAUAGACAGUUAUAGUCUUAGUAUAGCAUCAUACAUCGUUUGAACAAAGUUUUGGCAUGUGGCUUUUUGUCUCAUCCGAAAACGUAGGUUUCACAAAAACCGAAUAUUUUUUUUAUUAUACAUUGUUGUGACAUAUUGUUUUAUUAUACAUUGAUUAGACCAAAAAAAACCCUUCGCAAGGAACCUGACUUGAUAUAAUUGUUAUUGGAAAUCAUGCAUUGCGCGCGCAAAAUUCAGAUUAGUCAGUUAUCUGCUAGCAGAUAACUAACUAUUCUGGGCCCAGCUGUUCGAAGGCCGAUUAGCUCAUAGCACGGGGUUAAAUUUAACCCGGGUUUCCUUUUCUUGUGUUCAAAACCAUUUUCUCCGGUGAUUUUCUCAGUUAUUUGUAGAGCUUCCAACUUGUAGACAAAAAGAAUUAAAAUUGAAAUGCUUUUUAAGCUUUCAUAUCUGAAUUCAAAUCUUGCACUAACCCUGGGUUAUCUUAACCCAGCUUUGAACAACUCGGCCCUGUGUAAGUUGCGCUGAUUUCCAAAAUUAGCGGUAGGCUCUUAGCCAAUGAGAAGACAGAUAAUGAGUACAAUGUAUAUAUAGUAAUUUGUAUUAUGUGAUCUGAGCGCCAUUUUAAAUUCGGUUCAACAGGUUGCAUUCACUGUUCGACUUACGAGGUCAUGCGCUCUUCUGGCUUUAAUCUUACCUAGAGGGAAGAGUGCAGCGUAUUUUUGUUAACGGCAGUGUCUUAAACAGAAUUGCUUUAGAAUGUGGCGUUAAACGGGGUUCAUGCUUAGGCCCGCUAUUUUUUACGAUCUAUACUAGCAAGCUGUUUGAGUUCCUGCGUUUGCACCUCCCUUCUGUGCAUGCCUAUGUCGAUGACAUUCAGCUGUAUGUGUCAUUCAUACUAUCUGACAGUUUGAACAAACUCGAAGUCGUGACUGCGCUGGAGAAUUGCAUUCUUGAUGUGUGCUUGGAUGACAGGUGGUAUGCUGUGGUUAAAUGAUGAGAAGACGGAGUUUCUAUUGGUUAGCAGUCGACAACAGCUGGCUAAGGUGUCUAUAAAUGGCAUCGAGGUUGGUUAAGCUGAUUUGGCUCCUGUCUCGUCCGCAAGGAAUCUGGGUGCUUGGUUCGACUCCCAGAUGGUUGUGUCUACUCUUAUAUCCAAAACUUGCGGUAGCGCAUUCUACUAUCCAUCUCUAUAACAUUCGUCAUAUCAGGACGUUCCAGGCUGGGUCAAGCCUUCAUCACAAGUCGAUUAGACUGCUGUAAAUAGCCUGCUUUACAGCGUUCACGAUUUUCGAAAUUUGGAAACCGCAAGUGCCAGGCUUAUUUACUGCGCGCCUAAGUUUUGUCAUAUCACCCCAAUACUAAAGUCUUUUUCGCAAUCAUUACGAAGUGGGAAACAUUUUUUUUUUUUUGAAACAAACAAGAAACUGUUUUCUCUUACUUUGAACUUGUUUUUCAGAGCCUGCUGGCGCACCACAGAAUGUGAGAGGACAUAACACCAGUUCAACCAGCAUUUCAGUAUCGUGGGACGAAGUGCAAGCUGAGCUACGGAAUGGCAUCAUAACUGGUUACACUAUAUUGUACAAGUCACUGACAGAGAAUGACAAUGGCAUUUUACCAGCUGGUCCUAACGAUCGUCAGGUCAACCUAACAGGGUUAAGGGAGUUUGUUGAUUACAAUAUUUCAGUGGUUGCAUUUACAGUUAAAGGAGAUGGACCGCCUUCUGUUCUUGUUGUUAGAACAGAUCAAGAUAGUAAGUAAACUACGUUUUCUUGACUUGCUGCGCGGCAUAUAAUAGAGUGAUGUAUUCAAACGGCGGCUGGUAAGUGCCAGCUAGCACUGACAUUUUAUCUGAAGACAUUUUAUCGCAACCGCUGUUAAUUUUUACUUCUUAAUCAUUCACCUGGUUAGAAAUAGAAAUGCGCAGCAAAUACGAAAUAGUUUUAUAAUUCUUGAACAGCAUACAACAUACGUACAUAGUGCACCUGGUAAAUGCUGACUACAGUUUGUCCGAAUGGUGAGCUGUAAGACUUACCUUUCUUUGCACCAUGGCAACCACAUUUUUCAAUAUGAAAAGAACGGACAAAAGGAAAAAUAUAUUUUGAUUUGGCCCAAGAACAAGCAGAUUAGCGUUCCACUCUUACUUUACUUUUAACUUUUAUCUUCUUAGCCUUAGAAUUGUCUCAUCAAUAUUUAUACUUGGCAAUGGUUUUAUUUAUUUUCUAUAAGCAAUUCAUUCUUUCUUUCUUUUUUUAUUAAUUUACACCACCAUUUCAUACGUAAACUCGUAUCAUUACAUCUAGUUAAAGAUAAAUUUAAAGUGAUACUAUUGAAUUACGAUACAACAUACCUUAACCUUCAACUACAAUACAGCUGUUUGAGUUUAACAACAACAGUUACAUAAAAUACGUGCUAUAUAAAAAGAGCAAAAUAUAAAUAGUGAGUUGUACAUGCACUUAUCAAUUUUUUAAUAUCCUUAGGACCCCAUGCUCCUCCUCAAAAUGUAUCAGAAAACAGCACAACUUCCACCAGUAUCUUUGUAAAAUGGAAUGAUGUUCCUUCUGAGGACCAAAAUGGCAUCAUAAGGAGCUAUACUGUCAGGUAUCGGGCAGUCGGUGUGCUGGGACCCUUUGACAUGACGACGGUUUUUACAAAAGAGGUGAAUCUAACAGGCCUGAUAAAGGAUGAGUCUUACAACGUCAGUGUUUUAGCGACUACUGAGAAAGGGGAUGGACCUUACAGCGAUCCGGCAAUAUUUACUACAAAUGAAGACCGUAAGUAUUUUCACGCUGUGAAAGGUUUGAACCCAGGUGUCAUUUCAUAAGGUGUUAGAGUAUGAUCGUCCGGGUGAACGUAGUCCCGAUUAGGACUCUUGUUGUUGACAGUGACUGACUUUUCGACAACCUGUGCGGUUGUCAUCUUGACUUCUGAGGACCAAAAUGGUAUUAUAAGAACUAUACGGUUAGGUAUUAAGCAGUCAGUGCGGUCAAGGACCUCUUAACAGUUAUUCGAAAAGAGGCGAAUCUAACAGGCCUGAUAAAGGAUGAGUCUUACAACGUCACUGUUUUAGUGACUACAGCUAGACAAGGGAAAUGGACCUUACAGCGUCCUGAUAAUACUUACUACAAAUGAAAACAGUGAGUAUUUCGAAACUUUAUUUGGAAUAGCAAAACAAAUACCGUCGCGGCUUUGUUUUUUUGCGAGCACGAUCCCUUCGACAACGGGAAGUAUUCGAAAAACCAAUUAAUGCGUCAUCCACUGGAUAGACAGUUAUAGUGUAUAGCAUCAUCCACCGUUUGAAAAAAAGUUUUGGGUGGCUUUUUGUCUUAUCCGAAAAUGUCAGCAGCCUUGAUAGGUCCGGUCGAAAUUUCAAGGAUAUGGAGUAGCUGUAAUUUCAGAAGAACAUUAUAGGGGACGUUUUGUCUGUACACCGAAAUUUGCAAUGAUCGCAAUAUCUUGGUGAUAAAAUGUGAAAAACAAAACCUCCGAACUAGGUAAAAAUAACCAAAACAAAAACAAAACAAAAAAACCCGAACGGCUAUCCAAAAUUUUUGUUCUCUUGUUGUUCUUCUCUUUCCCUCCCUGGGGCAACAACCCAUUUUCUUUUAAAAUAAAUCCGUUCAUUCAUUUGAUUUUUUGCAAGCAGGGACAAUUUAUGAACUUACUCAUUCACUAGCCAAUGUGUUUAUCUUUACUUUUGCAGUUCCUGGUGCCGCUCCUUCCAAUGUCAGAGCGAACUUCACAAGCUCAACUUCAAUUUUAGUGAAGUGGGAUGAAGUCCCUAAAGAUAAGCGGCAUGGCAGAAUACGGUACUACACUGUCAUCUGGAAGAGGGCACAAGGCGCAGAUCAACGGGAAACAAGGAAUGUUGAUGCUCCCAUGCAGCAAUUUGAGUUGACAAAUCUCGCUAAGUAUGCUGAAUACAGUAUACAAGUAUUAGGUGCUACGAGAGUAGGGAAAGGACCAGCCAGCAUCCCAAUCGUCCAAAGAACAGAUGAAGACAGUAAGUAAAGAGGAAUAAGUUGUUUAGAACGAUUUGUAUUAAAACAACGAUAGGUCGGACAGUCUGGCAAACACCGAGCCUGCUAUAAAAAAAAAUCGGAAGGCCUCAACGCAUCAAAAUGUAUGCGUCUUAAAACGAAACGCAUUAGCGUGGACAGGGCCUUAACGUCCCUAUUUUUCUAGAGGGAGACUGUAGGUGUCUUGGACAACGUCCCUUUAGGUGACGUGACGCCUAAUGGACCAAACCCAAAAUUUGCUCCUUAAUUUUGUCGUUAUUGUUGUCUUUUUUUUAAUUUACAGUACCAAACGCUCCUCCAAGUAAGAUUCAAGGAUACAUUUUAAACGCUACUAAUAUUUUGGUGCAGUGGGGAAGUGUUCCUCCUCCUGAUCAAAAUGGCAUUAUACUGAGUUACACAGUUACCUAUCAAACGCUUCCUGAUGGCAGUCCACGGAGAAAGGUAGUGAAUACUCCGACAACUGAAGCAAAACUGACAGGACUCAAUCCAAACACCAACUACAGCAUCACAGUGUUUGCGUCUACUGUCAAAGGAGAUGGGAGUGUUAGUACGCCUAUCGUCGUUUUAACGGAUCUAAAUCGUAAGUUUACGCAAACACUCUCUUUCUGCUUCAAUUGA